AUGAAUACACAGGCCAAUAAAACAUUAACUUACAAAUAUUUGGAAUGGCAUAAUAAAUUUACUAGAUUACCAAAUGUUUUAACAGAUAAAAUUUGUUUCAAGUUAUAUAAGAGAUACAAGAAAGAAAUCAGUCUUGACUCUUGGAUAAAUUCUAAACUUUUUAGAUCUUCCCAAAUCGAAGAAGAUACAGAUAAUUAUAUAAGUUAUGACUGUAUUAUCAAAAUUUUCAAGUUUCUGAAAGAGAAAGAUGUAUUUAAAUAUACUGAUUCAGAAGCUAAAUGCUCAGUAUACAAAAAGAUACAUACACAUCAAAGUAUAUGGGGCAAUUGGAGCUGUCUUGGUAAAAAUGAUCACUAUUUUCUUAAUUGCCCUUUUCGUAUUGAUCAAAAAAAAGUUAUAAUUGCUAUACAGAGUAUACCAGAAAUUCAAUAUAAAAUAGAUUCCAAAAAAUUUUCAGUUAUUACAGAAGCUAAGAAAAAUAGGUGGACCAUAAGAUGUUUUCGUAGAGAUUUGAAAAGAGACAUACACUUUUAUUAUGGUGGAAUAGAAAGUAAAAAUGACCCUAAAAAAUAUCAUGAAUUUUUAACAGAUCAGAAGAGGCUGGUCAGUGAAGAGUUAUUAUGUCAUAGUAUGGUAAAGAGCAGUUUAAGUACUGCAUAG